AUGAACUUGAGUUCAUACAAGGAUCCCGACGGUGGAAGGCAAAGAUUCUUACUGGAACUUGAGUUCGUUCAGUGUCUCGCUAAUCCUACUUACAUCCACUACGUGGCACAGAAUCGGUAUUUUGAAGAUGAAGCGUUUAUUGGAUACUUGAAGUAUCUUCAGUACUGGCAGCAACCCAAGUACAUCAGUUUUCUUAUGUUCUUCUGUCUUUAUUUCCUCGAGCUUCUUCAAAACCCCAACUACAGAACUGCUAUGGCCCAUCCUGCAAACAAGGAGUUGGCGCAUAGGCAACAGUUUUACUAUUGGAAGAACUACAGGAACAACAGGCUGAAACACAUUCUACCACGGCCUCUUCCUGAGCCUGUAGCUCCGCAACCACCAGCUUCUCUGCCACCUGUCCCAUCUGCAUCUCCAGCUCCUUCUCCGAUGCAGUACAAUAAUAUGCUUCCUAAGAAUGAACCGAGGAAUAUGGUUUCUGCUGGAAUUGAUCCUAGGAAGAGAAAGUAUGUUCUCCUUUCUUCUUCCUGA